GUUAUCAAGCAAACGGGUCUUGCUGCUCAAUGCACUAGAAGCCAGUAUUAUGUCACUGGGCUUUUGAGAAAAGAAAAGCUUUAUAUUGCAGGUCAACUCAUGAAGAGACAAGAAUCAAGCAAAAAUCUGUGUCCCUUGCUGGCUUCAAAUCUCCUUGCUCUUGUUCUUUCCACUGCACUAAGCUGCCCAAAGUAAACCAACAAGAAGAGAGAAAAUGCCCAUUCAUGAAGAGGAUAGGAACAAGAUUUAGCAGAUGUAAAGAAAGCACAGCCGGACCCUUUGCCUUCGCCACUGCUCAGCGUCUGCACAUCCCUACAAUGGCUAAAACAGCAAUGGCCUACAAGGAAAAAAUGAAGGAGCUGUCCAUGCUGUCACUGAUCUGCUCUUGCUUUUACCCGGAACCUCGCAACAUCAACAUCUAUACUUACGAUGAUAUGGAAGUGAAGCAAAUCAACAAACGUGCCUCUGGCCAGGCUUUUGAGCUGAUCUUGAAGCCACCAUCUCCUAUCUCAGAAGCCCCACGAACUUUAGCUUCUCCAAAGAAGAAAGACCUGUCCCUGGAGGAGAUCCAGAAGAAACUGGAGGCUGCAGAGGAAAGAAGAAAGUCUCAGGAGGCCCAGGUGCUGAAACAAUUGGCAGAGAAGAGGGAACACGAGCGAGAAGUCCUUCAGAAGGCUUUGGAGGAGAACAACAACUUCAGCAAGAUGGCGGAGGAAAAGCUGAUCCUGAAAAUGGAACAAAUUAAGGAAAACCGUGAGGCUAAUCUAGCUGCUAUUAUUGAACGUCUGCAGGAAAAGCUGGUCAAGUUUAUUUCUUCCGAACUAAAAGAAUCUAUAGAGUCUCAAGUAAUUUCUGAAGCUUCAGAGGGAAGGAGAGAAGCAAUGUAAGCAACAUUCUACAGAAAUAUAAAUACUACUACUAAUAAUUAGCAUCUUAAAAUUUCAAUUCAACGAACAUUUAUUUAGCACCUAUGAUAUAUGUAAGACAGUUUGAUUUUAGUCAUCUUAUGUAUAGCCAUGUACUAAAAAAUACUGAUUUUAGUCAUCUAAUGUAUAGCCACGUACUAAAAAAUACUUCUUUCAUCAGUUCCCUCCUCAGGAAGUUCAGUUCCCAACCCAAGGCUAGUACCUUGGUUCCUUAUAUAAAUAAACAUCCACCAAUCACAUGCUAUCUGCAAAGCACUCUGCUAGGCCCUGCAAAUGGAAGAAAAAUGAGAAAACAUAGUCCAGGCCCUCAAUUAGCUUACAGUCAAAUAUAACAGAGGAGACAAGAACGGAGAGGCUCAUAAUACAAGCUAGAAUAAAAUGACUGCCGAAUAAAAGGAAAGAUUUAUGCAGGUGUUUAAAUGGAAAGUGAGAUAAGUUUGCAGAUUAGUCUUUGCAGUCUCAUAAAAAUCUUUACGGAGAAAAGGACAAUGGUCAUAGGGCUUAAAGAGUAAGUUUAUAAUCCUGACCAGUGGAGAUGAAAGACUAGCAUUGAAAAUUGCAUGACAAGACAAUUCCAUUAAACUGAAACAUCAAGUAUGUGUAGGAAAAGAUGGGGGUUAUGACUGGAAAAGUCACUUGGACUGCAAUUAUGAAGGGCCUUGACAAACAGGUCAAGAGCUUAAGAAGCAGUAUAGAAAGUCUUCAUUCUGGAUCUAGCCCUCCCAGAGUGUCCAUCGGGAUUAUAAAGUCCUUAAAAUAUUAGUGAAAAGGAACGACAUCAUUAGAAAUGAUAGAGAAACAAUAAUGUGAUGUUUUAUUGCCUUUCUCUGGAUUUAUGCUGUGAUCCUAAUAUUCAAAAUUAUCUCAAUAACAUGAACUUUUGGUCAUAGUUUUAAACAAAAACAGUGUUAAAUAUAUUUUUUAAGACACGAUAAGUCUUGUAAGAUCUUUUCUAACAUGACAUUUUGCAGGGCCCAUAUUUUCCUCUCUUCUGAAAUGGGAAAAAUUCCUAAAAGUAAACACCAAACUGGGUCACUUCUAGUCAAACACAUGGUACGCAAAGGACCAGACAACAAGGGCCUGUGACAUUUCUUCUU